AUGGCGGCGGUGCAGCCUCCCCCGCUCCGCAGUCUGGAUGACUUCCUGCUGAGCACGGCGCGGUUUGCGGUGCCAGAUGUGCGUGAUCUGGACCGCUGGAACAACCGCAUCAUCAACAACCUGCUCUACUACCAGAGCAACUACCUGCUGUCCGCCCUGGGCCUGCUGCUGCUGGCGGGGUACCUGCGGCCCCUGCAGACGGUCCUGGGGGCGGCGGUGGUCUCCGUGCUGUUCCUGGGCCUGAUUUGGGGGGCGGAGCACCGGGCGCCGAUCCGCCGCUUCCGGAGGAACCACCCUCUGCUGUCGCUGCUGGCCGUGCUGUCCCUCAGCUACACCCUGCUGACGGUGCUGAGGGCGGCGGCCGUCUUCCUGUUUGCGAUCGCCUUCCCCAUCCUGAUGAUCCUGGUCCAUGCGUCUCUGAGACUCCGUAACCUGAAGAACAAGCUGGAGAACAGGCUGGAGAGCAUCGGGCUGAAGAGGACGCCGAUGGGACUCCUGCUGGAGGCCCUGGGCCAGGAGCAAGAGGCCGGGUCCUAGAGCCAGGACCAGCAGUGGGGCAAGACCAACCCGCUGAAGGGACUCAGACCUCAGCUUGAGAACCACUGAGUUGUGUUUGACUGUGUUGGUGUCAUGGUGUCUCACAGAGGGACAGCUGUCCCCUCCACCAGGUCCACCUGGUCCAGUCUGAACUGUGGCCCUGCAGACUGACCCCCUCCCUGCAUCCAGUGUCUUUUUACAACACAGCUUCCCUCUGCCUGAGCUGCAGAGCUAUAGAGCUGCAGAGCUAUAGAGCUACAGAGCUACAGAGCUGCAGAGCUAUAGAGCUGCAGAGCGAUAGAGCUACAGAGCUACAGAGCUGCUGAGCUAUAGAGCUGCAGAGCGAUAGAGCUACAGAGCUACAGAGCUGCAGAGCUAUAGAGCUGCAGAGCGAUAGAGCUACAGAGCUACAGAGCUGCAGAGCUAUAGAGCUAUAGAGCUAUAGAGCUACAGA